AUGACUUCACCUACUAUGUGGCUAGUCAAACCCGCCGGCAGACUCCCCUGGUUCAUCUCCGCAUCGCAGAACCUCGCAGAUCGCGUGCGGGGAACACACACGCCGAAAUCUCAUGACGCGAUUUCUAUUCGAAGCACGGAGUCGGAUUGGAAGUACCACGACCGGAUGGGCUCGAAUGGAUCCAAUCGCGAGCUCAACUCCGUUGUUAUACAAGCCUUGCCCACAAAUCCUCGCCGCGAGAAGGUUUUUAGGUCGAUGGGGAGAUAA